AUGGAUCUUUCCCAGCAGAGAAAGGCCUCACUUCCCCGUUUGGCCACGAACAUCUCCUCGGACCGCCAUUCCACGACUUCGCUGCCGACUUUGGCACCCAAGAUCCCAGCUAAAAUCAACCUGCAUCAGCGCCCCAAGUCCGAACGACAGGCCAUCGCCCCGUUCUUAUUCCCAGAGGACUGCAAGGAUGAUGAAAAUGCCGUGCCAGCUCAACAGUACUUUCCGGACAGCGAGCCAGCCUUUGUGAUCUCCAAGAGCGUCGAGAACGAGUCUCCAACUUCCACCAAGAAGAAGACGAUGUAUUACGAAGAUGCAUUUGCUAUCAGAGGAUCUCACAGCUCACCCAAGGACCGUGUUGCUCUGGACUCUGUCGUGAUCGCGGAGCUGGCCACCAACCACAAGGCGAAAGAGGCAGACUUGAGACUGAUCUCCGAUCUUGUAUGCCGCCUGGCCCACAUCUAUCAGCGCCCAGAGUCCGCUUUGCAGGUUGUGGUACAGCACAAUGUGUCGAUCAUCUUUGGCAACACUUCACUUCCCUCCUACCUGUUGAAGAUCUUCGCGCUUCCAUCGGCCAUUGCACCGGUCACCAACAUUCGCAACGCGGAUCUCAUACAGAAGGCCCUUCAAGAGCUCCUUGGAAUAGCCCCGGAUCAGGGUAUCCUUCUUUUCCUGCCCGUCCCCGAAGACAAUUUGGCAACAAACGGAUCGACUGCCCACGGUGUAAUUUCCCGAUUGGAACGCACCGAAGCAGAUAGCCCGGGGCUGAUCAAGUCAAUCUCUCGCGGUAUGAGCCGACGUCUCAAGUCCAGUAGUGAUAGUACCGCUUCCGUCUCCUUACCCUCGACUCUAGUUUCUCCCUCAUCCUCCACUCCAACCAACCUCGUUCAUUCUCCAAUCGCGGAGGUUACACCGGUCGAGGAAGACCAACGAUGUGGACGAAGCUUGAAGAAGAGAGAAUCACUGCGACCCAUUAUCCAUCGCCACCUUCGGCCUAAGAAGGACGGUGAGAUGAAGGAGACCGUGAAAGACUAG